CGCCGCGGAAUGCAAGCCCAGGAGCCACAUUCGUAUCCGUACAUCAAUCAAUCUCCUCGACACUUGUGCUCGCGAUUCUCCGACUUCCAAACGCUCCCAUGACCCGUUUCCACUCAUUGAAUCGCCAGACCUGAAUUCACCCUUCUGAACCAGCAGCCUGGCUCGACAUUAGACAGCAGUCGCACCCGAGAACAUCCACUUGUUUCUGAAGUCCCUGGGGCCAGCUCUGCGCCCGGCUCGUGCCUACCUUACUCGUACUUUCAUAAAUAUCUAUUUCCCUCGCGCGUCUUUCCCACCGCAGCUCGUUCAUCUUCAAUUCAUUCCAUUCUCUACGAAAUCUCAGCCACAUUCGCGCCCAUUCUCAACCUACAGUCAAGUUGUAGCACAUAUGGAUCAAACGAAGCGCUCGCCUGGCUGGUAUCAAGACGCCAUUGUAAUCCAAGACUGCCUCCAAGAGGCCGGCCUCUCUCAAUGGGGCUUCGUCAUCUUCCGCUGUACCUACCGCUUCCAGGAGAAAUGGGACAAGUUUGUCACCCUCGCGAAGGGACACGUCUGCGAAUACUUUGAGAAGUGCAGAAUGGAGAGCGUCUACGACCGUAUGCGCUGGACGAUUAUCGAGGACGCCGCCGCGCUGGAAGGCGCUCACAUCAUAGAGACUACCCGCCGGUUUGUGGAGUGGGUUCACCGGGGCCCGGGUAGGGAGGAGAUGUAUGGCAGCGUGCUUACGCCUUCGUUGAACAAUCAUCUGAGAUAUACACAUUUUCGCACGUCGAGGAGGAGAGUUUGGAAAGUGUGGUGGACGAUGAGAAGGCGAGUAGGAGGGAUGGGUACGUUUGCAAGAUUGUAUAUGCAGAUCAGAUCAUGUUGAUGGAACAGGAGCGAGAGAAGGCUCGCUGCAUCGAGGGUGAGGAGGAUGAGGAGGUACUGGAGGAGGACGAGUUACGGAACUUGAGAAAGCGGGUUAAGAUCGAUGAUCUCGUUGGUGUGUAUGCGACACUGCACCCUACCGUUGACACUUGGUACGACCUUGUGACGGAGGGAGAUAUUAUCUGGGGUCUUCCCUCUCCUUUAGAUUGUUAAUAUUGAACUUGAACGCG